CUUCAGGACUCCAGGAGCUUCAUCUCGGGUGGAUCUGGACUCUGGAUGUGGAAACUGGUGUUCGUUUUCAGGUUUUAGUCGCUGUACUGGAGAUUCCUGCAUGUAGAGGAUCAGCACUAAUGUGGUGUGCAUGAGAGAGAGAGAGAGAGAGAGAUGCCUCUGGUGAAGAGGAACAUCAGGCCACAUCAUGUGUGUCGAGUCGCUGUCCCCGAAGGCGUCGGCUCUGAGCUGGAGUGUGUAACCAACAACACACUGUCAUCCAUCAUCCACCAACUCAGCAGCCUCAGUAAGCAUGCGGAGGACGUGUUCGGUGAGCUGUUCAACGAAGCGAACACUUUUCACCUGCGUGCAAACUCGCUGCAGGACCGGAUCGACCGCCUCGCCAUCAAAGUCACACAACUGGACUCCAGUGUGGAGGAAGUGUCUCUGCAGGACGUGAACAUGUGGAAGGCCUUCAGAAGCUCCGUGGCUGAGGAUCAGCAGGUGGUGUCCCGAGGCAGCGUCCCGAAUCCCGUGGCUGAGAUGUACAGCAGGUGUGAGAAACCCCCCCCACUCAGCGUGCUCUCCUCCUACAGAGAAGAUCAUGUGGAUGGAAUGAAGUUCUACACGGAUCCCUCGUAUUUCUUUGACCUCUGGAAAGAAAAAAUGCUUCAGGACACCGAGGACAAGAGGAAAGAGAAGAGGAGACAGAGAGAGCAGAGGAGUGUCGAGGAUGGAACGCUACCACGGGAGGUCCGAAAAGUCCGUAAGGCCAGGAACCGUCGUCAGGAGUGGAACAUGAUGGCGCUUGAUAAGGAGCUGCGUCCAGAUCAUCGACAUCCUCACAGUGUCCUGCAGGGAGCGCUGUCUCCUCAGGCCAGUGAGGGGGCGGAGCAUGAGUACCAGAGCAUUGGUGGACCAGUGGGUGUGGCCGGUAGUGUUCCCUCUGGGUGCAGGUUCAAUUCUUCUUCUCUGCACAUGCCCACAGGGGGCGUGGUUAAUGGUGACAUCACACUCCCUCCUGUAGACUAUUGUUCGAUGGAAUAUUAUGGCAGUUCCGGUUCUCUUCCUUCUCCUCCUCCAGCUCCCAUGAUCUCCUCAUCAGAGACCACACCCUUAACACCUCCAGCCCCACCCGCUUCCCAUCCAGGACCAUCCAUCUCUGCUUUAUCCUGUCCCCUCCCACCUGUCCCACUUCCAGAACCACUUCAAAUCCCGCCCCCUCCAGGACCACCACCUCCACCGAUACCACCUGUACCCUCUCACCUGAUGGGAACAAGGGCGGGGUGGAGCCAGGGGGCCCAACCAAUCACAGACAGGCGCAGUGACCUGCUGUCAGCUAUACGCAUGGGUAUACAGCUAAAGAAGGUUCAGGAGCAGCGAGCGAUGAGGGAAUGUUCAGAAAACGACGUGGCCUCCAUCCUGUCCAGACGCAUCGCCGUCGAGUACAGCGACUCGGAAGACGAGUCUGACCUGGACAUCAACGAGUGGUCUGACUGAGACUGAACACACACACACACACACACACAUUAAUAGAUAAAGACGAGCAGAUAUGUUUUAGCAAGAUAACACACAUCAUGCACAUUAUUUAUUCUUAUUUAUUUAUUAUUUUAUAAUUCUGUUCUGCUGAGCUUUUCAACCUGCUGUGUGAAUAAGAUCCUGAAUUUAGAUUUACACCAAAUUAAAUCGGUUUAAUUGAUGAGGCAACUUUAAUACCAUGAUAUGCUUCACUUGUAGAGA